CACCCCCCCACCCAAUCCACCUUUUCCCCUUCUCCAUUCAGCGAUGUGCCACGGACGCGCUGCGGCUCCUCCACCCCCGCUGCUUCCUUCCCCCUGGGGGAAGCUGCUGCAGAAGAUCGCCGACCUGACCGGCGGCUCCGUCCCUCCGGGCCAGCAGCACCACCAGCAUCAGGCGGCGGCGGCGGCGGCGGCGGCGGCGGCAGCCCCGCACCAUCACAAAGCGCCUGAGAGCGAGCCUGGGCUGGACGCGGACAGCGAUUACGGGAGUUUUGAUUCAGACAAUGACUCGAUCAUUGACGAUCCCUUCGAGGAGUUCCUGUGCGCCGACGUGAUCCAUUUGAUCGAGCGGAGCCUGACCGAGGCCAAGCACGGCGCCCUUCACUGCUUCAAGCUCCUUAUCCCGGACCAGUUGACCGCCCAGGUGGCCGACGAGUUGCUGCGGCUGGCGGCCAGCGAGCCGUGCGGGCUGCGGGGCGCAGUGCUGUACCUGAGUGUGGAGGACCAGGAUGGCUGCAAGGAGGUGGAUCGGAUCGUGGUGGACAGCAGCCUGCCGCCCACCUUCGAGCUCACCCUGGUCCUGAGACUGGAAGCGGGCUUGUGGUCCAAAAUCCAGGACCUCUUGAGCUCAGGCCCCUCGUUCACCCCCGGCUACAGCCAGGCCCUUCGGCUCAGCCCCCGAUUCCGAAUCAUUAAGAGAAAACUGUACAGCUCCACUGAAGUCUUCAUUGAAGAAUGCUGAGAAGGUGAAGUGGAUGGACACCGACAGGACAAAGACCAACCGGGCCAGAAACAAGGUCCCACCUGGACUGGAAAGACCUGAUCCCGAGAAAAGGUCACUCAUUAACCAGGUUUAACCCUGCACACCAGCUGAGAACUAAGUUAAUGGAUAGGAGCUGGUUCACAAGUUGCCUUUUCUUGAAGUGCAGUGUUAAUCUCUGGAGCUAGUUCUGUACUGUCGAGGGGCUAUUGCUGUCUCUGUCUGAAGGGCUUCAGUUACAGACAUGGUGCUAUGUGUGUUCACUAGUGGAUGCCCCUAACUGGGGAACAAGUGGGUCUGCAGGGCAGUCUACCAGAAGGACAGAUUUGUAUACAAUAACUUUUUUGAUACUUUGUUCUUUCAGUAUAGUUUGUACUCUUUAAAUAAAAGAACCUCUCUUGGA